AUGGGGGUCUGUCAAAGCACCCAAGUCGAGGAGGUCCAUGUGAUGCUUUCAGAGCUGCAGACGGGGGACGUGCUUCUUAGCAAGGAGCCAAUCCUCUCGAGUCCUGGCGCUUGCUUCAUGCGUAGCUGCCUUUGUUGGCAGGCCCAUCACAUAGGCCUGGUGGUGAAUCCUGCUGACUUUCCUGCAGAAUCACACCUCCGGCGUCGCCACCCCGAGAUGGAACAAGGCAGCAUGUACGUUUUCCAUGCGCUUGUGACCGGCAUGAAAGUCUGGGACCUCGAGCGGUACAUUCGUCGGAUUCACAACGCAUGCGUCUUGCCAGGAGAGGCUUGGGUGCGUCAGCUGCGCGCCAGCACGGAGACUCCCUCGGACUUUCGCCCGCAACUCAUCGCGGAACUGGAUGCUGCUUUCGAGGAGCUCCACAGCCGGCCAUACGAGAAGAACCAGCUAUCGACUCUCCACGCCUUCUGCGACUGCGCGGAGGUGUGUGGCCUCUGCCAAGCCAAGCAGGACACCUCCAGCAUAUUCUGUUCAGAGCUUGUGGCUGAAGUGCUUCAGCGAGGCAAAGUCCUCUCAACCGACCGGCCUUCAUCCGAGUUUACUCCGAUGGACUUCUUGAGGAGCGACGGUCGAUCGGUAGAACAGGCGAAGCUGCAGUCUUGCCUGGAGCUGGGCCGGCUGAGGCGGAUCGAGGUGACGUAA